AAUAAUAAAAAUAACAACAGUAUUUCGAUUUUCGAAAAAAGAAAAAUUAAUAACAAUACUGAAACUUGUUGACAAACAAUCAUACCAUUCAAGUAUAGCAAAUUAAAUUAAAAAUGUGUGUGAAAUUAAUUAGUAAAUAUACUAAAAUUAAUAAUUUUUGUUAGUUGUUUAUAUAUAAAAAGUAGUUCACAAGAAGAUAAAAGUUGCCAAGCACACCUGUUGUUGAUACAACCAAGUGAUUUAAAAUAAUAAAAAAUAAAAUAGUUAUGUUUUUAUAAAAUGAAUUAUAAAAAAAUGAAUUUAAUUAGUAUAUUAUUAUUUACUGUGACAUUAUUUGUCCUGGUAAGAUGUGAAACAACAGAAGCCUGGUAUGAACCAGCUGUUGCAAUGGAUUACAAGGUUCACAUUGAUGCCGGCAAAGAGGAUUGUUAUUUCCAGUAUGUCAAUCCUGGAGCAACAUUUUUCGUUAGUUUCCAGGUGUUGAGAGGAGGUGAUGGAAAAGCUGGUUUUGCUGUUAGAAAUCCAGCAGGUGUUAUUGUACAUCCUUAUGAAUGGCGUGCAAAUGCUGAUUAUCAAGAUCAAUCAAGCACUGGUGGUUAUUACAGUGUUUGUAUUGACAAUCAAUUUUCAAGAUUUGCAGCAAAACUUGUUAAUUUAUAUUUAACUGUUAUAAGAUACGAUGAGUGGGAUAAAUUUACCAAGGAGCUGGAAGAUUUAAAUCUUUCUGUUGAAAAUUUUACGACUUCAAUUAUUAAUGUUGAAAAAAAUAUUAAUGAAAUGAUACAAUCACAAAUAUAUUCAAAAAGUCGUGAAGAACGUGAUUUUCAUUUAUUAGUUGAUAAUAAUUCAUAUGUACAAAAUUGGUCAAUUGUACAAAUUAUUGUUAUUGCAGCAACAACAUCAUUUCAAGUUUAUUUUCUACGUAAAUUAUUUGAUGAUCGUAGUUCUUCUGGUUACUCAAAAGUACGAAUAUAA